AUGUCCAGCUGGCAAAACUACACUUCCCACAAUCCCCUGCGGACCAAACUGCCUACUUACGUAAUUUCCGGCGGUGUUGGCGGGCAGAACGGGAUCGUUUCUGGUUGUUUAGCGACGCGCAGGCCAUUGUGUUGUUCUAUCGCAGUGCACAUUGAAGAUAAUCUGAACCGAACCUCGCGGCACAGCCCCUCGGGUAGAUUUGUGUCGCCGCUGACUGACUCUCCUCGACAGACCGACACAUCGCGGUGUUGUCUCUCGGGCCUACCGUCUGCCCAAUCAGCGCUCCGAAGCAUUCUCUGCAAAGAGGCGCCCUCAGCAGACGUCAAGCUGGCGACCGUCGCAGGAAAGAAGGCCAAGAAGGUUGAGGAGGAGGAGCCUGCAGCUGCAGCAGCUCCAGCAGCUGAACCAGCCGCUGCAGCAGCAGCAGCAGCAGCAGCAGCAGCGCCGCCGCCACCGGCGGAUCCGGCUGCAGCUGCAGCAGAUCCAGCACCGGCUGAGGAGGAGGAAGAGGAGGAGUAUGUGGUGGAGAAGGUUCUGGACCGCCGAGUGGUGAAAGGCAAGGCGGAGUUCCUGCUGAAAUGGAAGGGCUUCUCAGAGGAGGACAACACGUGGGAGCCUGCGGAGAACCUCGACUGCCCGGACCUCAUCGCAGAGUACAUGACGAAACACAGAGAGAAGGAGGAGAAGAAGAAGGAGGGCAAGCGGAAAGCUACGAGCGAGGCCGCGGGAGACUCUGAGGAGCGAGGGAGCAAGAAGAAGAAGGAGGAGGGUGAGAAGGCUCGAGGGUUCGGCAGAGGGCUGCAGCCGGAGAGGAUCAUCGGAGCGACGGACUCCAGCGGCGAGCUGAUGUUCCUCAUGAAGUGGAAGAACUCUGAUGAGGCCGACCUCGUCCCAGCAAAGGAGGCCAACGUCAAAUGUCCCCAGGUGGUCAUCUCGUUCUACGAGGAGCGCCUCACCUGGCACUCCUACCCCACCGAGGAGGAGGAUAAGAAGGAGGAGGAGAAAAAGGACUAGAUGAGUGGAGGGAGGAGAAGG